UGGAGUCCCGGGCGAAUCCGGCAGAGCGUGCCCAGAUCUUCAGGUGCUGUCCGGGAACCUACUGGAUUCCGUUGCCUGACGGGGACGCACAUCAUGUCGACGGUGGAUUUUUCGCGGAUCUACUCUGCGACCUAUAGCAGUGUUCCGGUGUAUGAGUUCAAGCUUGAGACCAAUGACAGUAUUAUGCGAAGAAAAGCCGAUGACUGGAUCAAUGCGACGCAUAUACUGAAGCUUGCCGGGUUUGAUAAGCCCGCCCGAACCCGGAUCCUCGAGCGUGAGGUACAGAAAGGCGUUCAUGAGAAAGUGCAGGGCGGCUAUGGGAAAUAUCAAGGGACAUGGAUUCCACUACCGGAAGGCCGCCAGCUUGCGGAACGCAACAACAUACUGGAGAAGUUGCUGCCAAUCAUGGACUACGUAUCCGGAGAUCGCAGCCCCCCGCCCGCUCCAAAACACACGACGGCCUCCCGACCAAGAGCCCCCAAGAUUGCGGCCAGUCGCAAAGUUCCCCGGGAAGAAGUAUUCAGCGCUGUGAAACCCCAACGCCCCAUGGGGCCCCCCAGCUUCACGCAUGAGCAGUAUGAGAUGAACGCCGGGUUCGACGAGGAUGAAUCCGCGGAGCAGACUACGCUGGAAUCAUCGUCGAUGAUGGCAGAUGAGGAAAUGGUGCCCAUGCCACAAAGCGGCCCUUUCUCGCGAAAACGCAAGCGCGGACUGAACGAGGUCUCGGCCAUGUCGAUGAGCGAACAGGAGCACAUCCUCUACGGAGACCAACUCCUGGACUUCUUUAUGACGGUAGGGGAUGCACCGGAAGCGACGCGGGUGCCUCCACCGGAACCCCCGAUGAAUUUCCAGGUGGAUCGCCCGAUCGAUGAUUCGGGCAAUACGGCCCUCCACUGGGCUUGCGCCAUGGGGGAUCUGGAGAUCGUGCGGGAUCUGCUGCGGCGGGGAGCAAAUGUCAAGGCCCAGUCAAUCCACGAAGAGACGCCCCUCGUGCGUGCAGUUCUCUUCACCAACAACUACGAGAAGCGGACUUUCCCGGCUAUCUUGGAAUUACUCUUAGACACGGUGUCGUUCCGGGACUGGUUUGGUGCCACGAUCUUCCACCACAUCGCGGAGACGACUCGCAGCAAGGGCAAGUGGAAGAGCUCUCGGUACUAUUGCGAGACGCUCCUCGAUAAGCUACGCCAGACGUGCUCCGCAGAGGAAAUCGACCUGCUCUUAUCGUGCCAAGAUUCCAACGGAGAUACGUCCUGCCUCGUUGCCGCCCGAAAUGGAGCGUUUCGGCUGGUGAACUUACUUCUGAUGCACUGCCCGCGGGCUGGCGAGCUAUUGAACAAGAAGGGCGAAACCACGAACAAUAUCAUCCAGAGAUCCCAUUACUCCGAACGGGACAUCCCCCCACCUCCUUCGUCCGUCACUAUGGGGAAUGACCACGUCGAUGGCGAAGUCCCUGUGCCUGUACACUCCGAGCACCAAUCGGCUGCACCCCCGCAGGAGACAUCCUCAGCCACCUCGGCACUCCUGUCGAAGAUCAGCGCACUGAUGGACGACGCGAACCGCAAGCUCGCUGUCAGCUACGGCAACUCCAAGGCGAACCAGCAGGCCACAGACGACAUCGCCAACCCAGAGGCUCUCCACGAACAAUUAGAGCACGAUCGGCAGAAGAUUCAGAAGCAGAUCGCCGCCAUGGGGGCCAAAGAGGCCGAGCAAGAGUCCAUCAACACGCAGCUGGCGCGGUACGAGGAAUUACGAGGCAGCUACGAGUCGCUGCUGGAGCAGAUCCAGCAAGCUCGUCUCCGCGAGCGUGUCGCGGCUGCACCGCCCCCGACCCACGAUCCCACGACCGACAGCGAACAGAACCCCCUCAUGCGCACCUUCAAGCUAGCGCGGGAGCUGUACGUCGCCCAAAAGGCGCGGCGGGCCGCCGUCAAGGAACUCGCGCAGCAGACGGCCGACGCGGGGGUCAGCACCAAGUUCGACGUCCAUCGCAAACUGGUGGCGCUGGCCACGGGUCUCAAAGAGGAGGAGCUGGACCCCAUGGCGGCGGAGCUGGCCGAGACGCUGGAGUUCGACCGGAUGACUGGCAAAGGGCCCGGGGGCGAGUCGCCGGAGCCCGACCAGAAGGAUUCGGCGACGUUUCCGUUCCCGGGAUCGACGGUGUCCGUUGAUGCGUAAUCCUCUUCUCCCACCAGCACUUCAGACUCUCUUCCUGCCUUUCUCACCCUCUCUAUUCCUCCUUUCUCUCUCUCUCUUCCAUCUCUGUCCUCAUAAUAUGGAUGUCUCGCCUUUUACGAUAUCGACGCUCGUGUUCCUCGACUUCUGGCGGUCUUGUUGAGACUAGCUGUUGCCAGCAGAUACCCGGAUCUUUCUCUGCUUGAUCUGUUUGCGUUGAAUAAUCUUGUUUCUUUCUUAUUUUUUAUUUCAUUUUUAUUUUAUUUAUUUCAUUUCUUACUUUUUUUCUUAUCUAUUUCUCUUUUUCAUUGUGAUCAGGAGGCAGCGUGUGACAUGUUGAUUUGAUUCGAUUUGUAGCCUACAUUACAUGGAGUGACAGGACCGUGUGUACAUAAUGCUGGAGGGAUGAUACAUCGAUAGCCACUACCCUCUUAGUUUAGUAUC